AUGUCUAUCGUCGGUGAUAUUCCGUACUACAGAGAGCUCAAGAAAUUUUUGAUAUUAAUAGGACAGUAUCCUCAACAAACGAAUUGUAGUCGGAACACUCUGUUCAUCAUGAUUUUAACCAGUCUCGUAAGCCUGUUGAUACCAACUAUUAUAGGAUUCGUCACGUCGUUCUGUGAACAUGACACUGAUAAGGUGUUGGAUGCUAUACCGAUUAUGGUUACGAAUCUCGUCACGAUGAUAAAACUAAUAAACUUUAACAUUAACAGGAAAAAAUUCAGAAAGUUAUAUGACUUCGUGAUAAGCGAAUGGGAAUCAUUGAAGUUUAAAAAUGAGGUACAAAUAUUGGACGAAAUCACAAAAACUGGAAGUAAUAUUGCAUUCCUGUACAGAACUGCUUUAUUGGGAUCCUUGGUAUUAUUCGCUUUCCUCCCGCUGAUACCAUUAUUCUUGGACAUCGUUCUACCGUUGAAUGAAACACGACUAAAACAACAAGUGUUCAAGCUUAACUAUUUGGUAGACGAUGACAAAUAUUUCUAUCCUAUAUACUUUCAUUCAAUUUGGACUUCGACCACUAUUGUGGUAACUAUCGUUACCGUAGACUCCAUGUACAUGCUCGUAACGCACCAUGCCUGUGGAUUAUUCGCCAUAUGCGGGAAUCGGAUUAAACAAACGACACAAAGUUUCGAUAAGAGAAUUGAUAACGCUCCGAAGGAGAGAGCCGUGUAUCAAGAGUUCAAGAACUGCGCAAUUAUCCACAAAGAAGCAAUACAGUUUUACGAGCUCAUCAAUGACAUAAACCAGCGAAGCUUCUUGCUUCAGAUCGGGCUGAACAUGAUCGGUAUCAGCGUGACAGCUGUCCAAACGGUUAUGAACCUAAAUAACGUGAGAGAAGCAUUGAGGAUUGGUAUUUUCCUCGGGGCACAGCAAUUCCAUUUGUUUUUCAACAGUCUGCCUGGCCAAAGUCUCGUGGAUCGCAGUUUACAAUUACUCGACGAUUUAUACAGCUCCAAAUGGUACCAAGCGCCGGUGAGAAUGCAACGAGUGAUUUACAUGAUGCAAAUAAGAUCCGGCGUACCGUGUACAUUGACCGCGGGUGGAUUGUACGACAUGAACAUAGAAAACUUUGGAAUGAUUUUUAAAUCCUGUAUGUCGUAUUUUACGAUGCUGCUAUCAUUGAGGGAAUGA